CCUUGCAAGCGGUACCGGUAGGCUGAGCAAUAGGGCCACUCACCAGCCAGCCAUUAGUCCUACAGGGCAGGAUCAGUCAGGAUUGUGUUGGUUACAACCUACCAUGACUUACUUGUCUGGCCCACCAUCUUGCCUUUGUAUCAUGGGUGAUCGUUUGGCUGGCUGUUUGCAUCCUAGUAGCCUUUGAUCGCAGCCAGCCAAGAAGAAGCAAACAACCCAGAUAAACCCACUCGCUCGAAUGUGGCUAACUAAGGUGCAUCUAUGGGCAGGCUACGCCAGCCAUGGGUGAUCAAUCGGUUCCUGCUCCUUGGUCACUUCCGCUUGGUCCAGCCAUUGCUUCCUUUGCCAUGAGAAAUAGCAAGAUGUGUGGAGAUCGCAACAACCAAGAACCUAAAAAGCAUAGCGCUGGCUGUACAUACUUGGUGCACGGUGGCACCGUACCACAACCAUGCUCCACCCUACUAGCUAGCUAGCACCCAGUCACAAGAGGAAGAUAGAAUGCACCAGUUGCCAGAUGAUUGCGGUACCACAUCUAUCUUUGGUAACCAGUGGUACCGACACCGACACCAACGAUCCAUUCCUUCAAUCACUGAUGAGGUGACCAAACCACCAAACCUAAAGAUCCUGCUGUUGCCGCAUUUUCGGCAAGUGCAAGCUGCAUACUGGUCAUACCGGUAGCUGAUGUGGGACGAGGGAGCAUGAGACAUACAUUUACUCGAGUUCAGCGGUUUUAUGUACUUUGAAGGUUGCAUGCAAGGAUGAACAGUGUCAAUGAAGCCUUCCGCUUAUUGCUUGGCCCCCAGCUAAAAAGGUAUUUAGACAAUGAGAAAACUGAAUCAUUGAUGCAUCUCUGGCAUUGAUAAACAGGCUUCCCCGAGCAAAGUCAUUCUGCAUCAUUGGUAGAACGCCGAAGCACUCUCUAGCUUCCAUCGAUGAGAACAGACAAUAUUUUGAUUAGUAAUUAAUGGAAGAUGAAGCUAGGUUGUAUGCAAAAAACGCAACGGUAAUUCACUCAGCUACCCCAUCCUGCAUUCGUCAGUCUUUCUGCGGUAUUAUUAUCCCACCGGUACGCACGUGCAACUUACCAGUCUGCUUUUGAGCGUCUCAAGCGAAUGGUUGCCGCCGCUGCGCCGCUAAAAAUACUGUUUCCCUGCUACCGUACGUAAAGUUACGGUACCACCGUACGUCUGCUACCUGCCAUUACGACCAGGUCAUCGACCGAUGAUCGCUCCGAGUUGCCAAUAUUUUUUGGCCUUGUCGGUCUCACUUCCUCACAACUGUUCACCGAGCCAAACACAAAAUACACAAAAACACCCAACUACUCUCCUAUCUUUCAAAACUAAUCAUCCACCAUGGUCUCUAUGCGGUUAUUCGUCAACCAACGCUCUUCCAGCGGAAGACUGUUGCAACACAUGAUGGUCGAUUCGGAUGAUACCAUUGCGGUCGCCAAGGAGCAGCUACAGUCCACAUCAGGAAUCCCCGUGGAGAGCCAAAAUUUAUUUUUCGGCCGAACACAACUGGACGACAACAAGCAAUUUCGUCAUUACGGUAUCCGGGCAGGUGGAUUCUUGGAUCUCAAGGAGAAAUAAAAAGUCCCGUCGCGUCAUUCAUCAUUGAUUUGAUUUGAUUUGAUUUGUAUGGAGUUUAUUAUUGGCUGCUUGCACGAACAGAGCUUCCGGCAUACUGAUUUGGUCAACCAGCCAAGGCACUGUCCAACCAACCAACCAACCUGCAUAACGAACGAAGACGUGGCAGCCAAACGCAAUAAUCCACCAUUCCAUUCCAUUCCAUUCCAUUCAAUCACCCUGAGAUGGGGUAGUGAGCGGUAUCACUCACCCAUUCUCAAACUACAGAUUUAGUUUAUACAUAGUUACACAUUACUACAAAAACAAUGUUCCAAAACCAGCCUUCCAGUUGCUGUACCGCUACGGUAGCCGGAUAUCGCUCAGGUUGAUUUUUGAGCUACUGUAUCCAGCUAGCUAGCCGUAUGGAUAGUCAAUAUUAACUACUAGCUACAGUAGCAGACAACGGAUC